CCUCGCAAUGAAAGCCCUUUUCCACAUAGCACAUGCCCUCCUUGUACUAGUCCUGACUGCGUUGCUCAUCCGCGUAGUCUAUUACGGCUUCGCAAUACUCUGGGCGGAUCAGCAUCCGCAGCCCGUCCAAUCUCAACAAGACAGCGCAAAUGCUAAGCUGGAAAGGCCAUCGCCGCAAGAAAUGGCUGAGUCAAUGAACACGUAUUGGGAUAUGUGGGAUGAGGAUCACUGCAAACAUGUUUGCGAAACAUCGUGGACCGCGUGCCUACUAAGGCAGUGUGACCAAGUUCCAGGAGUGCGGAGACCCAACCCAUAGGUGUAGGAUGAGCAGUGAUAGUGGCUCGCUUGUGUAUAAUUGCCGGAAUCCGAAGGACUUAGAAGAC